GCAUGGCACUGCUCCUGCUGAGCCUGGAGCUGAGCCUGGUCUCCGCCCAGGACUUCAACCUCCAGAGAAUCGUGCGGAGAAACCAUGACAUCUCCAAGGUGGGGGGGACCUGGUGUUCUAUCUCCAUGGCCGCAGACGACAUGAGGCAGAUGGAAGAAGACGGGGAUCUGAGGGUCUUCAUGUAGAGUAUCGAAAGCUUAGAAAAUGGUGGCCUGAAGUUCAGCUUCCACUUCAUGUUGCAUACCGAGGGCGUGGAUGUGGCCAUGGUCUGUGAUAAAAUGGACAAGAGUGGAGAAUACACCAUCACCUACUUGGGGGAGAACUGGCUGCAGGUCUUGGAGGCCGACUACCUGUGGAACGUGACCUUCCUCCUGUGGAACUUCAGGAACGGGACGGAGACGCAAGUGCUGGCGCUCUACGGACGGUUCCCAGAGCUGAAACCCAGCUUCCUGGACAGAUUUGAAAAAAUCUGCAAAUCACACGGACUCGGCCCAGAAAAUAUCGUCAACCUCAGCAACAGCAGUAGGCCUCACUGCCUUCCAGCCAGCAGCCUGGGCAAGCGAGAAGCUCCAGGGGGCGUCCCCUCAGCCCGGCCUCCGCGGGAGCCCAGGACCUGGGACGCCCACCCGAAGGUGCCUACCGCCAAGGCGGCGGGGGCCCGAGCCACGCACCCAGGGCCAUCGCUGGGGACUCCAGCGGCAGUUUUGCAGGCCGGGGCCAGCAGGGGCCGGGGCGUCGACGUCCUGAGUCUCCUGGACCUGUGA